AAAACACAUAAUCCCAAAAAAAGAAAAAAGGAAAAAAAAAAAAAAAACCCGGUUCAUGCUCUAGCUUGGAUUAUUCUUGAAGAGAAAAGUGCCCUAAGGUAAUGAAGCCUUCUGCAUUCAAAUGAUUUCAAAGAAUUAAAACCUGCCAAUAUAUUGGCGGGAACUUCCCAUUCUGGCGUGUAAGCGAAUUAAAGGAGUGAAACUGAUUCAAUUUGAAUUGAGAAAAAAGGAGGAGUGGAUCUAAAUCAAUUUCGAAUUAAUCCUCAGAAUGGAUGUUUGAGACCGCACAGUUGUUUGGAUUAAUAUGGUAUCAUUUUCCAAUUCAAGAUCAUAGUUUCUAACAUCAUAGAAUUGGAGAUUCAUUGGAAUAGAAAAUGUUGGCUUGAUUUGGGGGAAAAUGGAGUUGCUUAAAUUUUCUAAAUUCAAGAUCCAGCUUCAAGCCCUAAUAGCCGAAGUUCGACAACUCCGUGAGAGGGAACGCUCAACUAGAGAAGAGCUCCGUCUGUUAAUACAGAAACAAAAGCAAAACGAGGAGGAAUUGGUUAGAAGGGUGCAGGAUUUGCAGGCGGAGUUGGUUUCGUCCAAUGAACUGAGAGAAAAACUCGAAAGGAAGAUGAGCUACCUUCAAAAUGACAAUGCCUUGCUUGAAAACAAGCAAAGGGAGUUAAAUGGAACCAUACAGAACCUACUCCAGUCGAGGGAAAAUUUUGUUAGUGUUUAUGAGGACUCCACUUGUGAAAUGAAACGUUCAAUUGAAACCAGAGAUAGGAAGCUUGCUAUCCUUUCUCAGAAGAUAAAUGCUCAUAUAUUAUUGUUUGAUUCAAUAGAAAAGGAGGCUUCCAGUGUCAAGCAAGUGGUGAAUAAUGUGCAGCGCCUUGUGAGUGAAAAAGAAGAAGUAGUAGCAGGACUAAAAAGCAAAGUGGAAAAGGUUUCUGCAUUUGAGAAAGUAUUUUUUGAAAAGAUCAGUGAUCUGCAAAAUAAAUUGAGAAACAAUGAGGAGGAGCUCCAAAGAAAGGAUAAAAUCAUUUCAGAGAUCGAAGUAAAGCUGGAGGCAGCAAAUGUUGGUAACAACUGGCAACAACAUAUAGAAGAGCUCCAGAAGAGUCUGUCAGCCAAGGAUGCAGUCAUACAGAAUCUGCUUUCUGAGAAACAGGCAUUGCAUUUUGAAGUGGGAUGUUUAGGAAUUGUCUUACAGAAGAUUCAGGACGCUGUUACAAAUAUGAAUGAGAAGGAUAAAAGGGUAUUCUCCUCAAUACUGGAAGGACAGGAAGUAUGUGCUAUGGAAACAACAAAGGAAUAUAGUAGAAUUGACGAAGUGGUGCAAGGUAGUAGAGAAACCUCUCCACACAAGGCUUCAGAGGAAGAUGUAAAUACAGCUUCACCUGUAUCUCAGAAGAAUAAUCCAGUAAGCAAUGCCGUGCUGGAGAACAAGAAUUUUGACUCCUGUGUGUCAGAGUCUGCUUGCUUGGAACCUCAGUUAGAAGCUAAUAUUCCAUGCAUCUCUGCAAAUGGAGCAAAGGAUAACAACACAGCAUCAGUCUACCACUUGGAUUCUGAGAGCUCAACAACCCAAGCAGAAACCUAGGAAGAUCCCACAGGAUGUCUGAAAGCCAAUGCUUCUAUCUUUUCUAAUAGAACAGUCGUUGUUGGAAUUCUUAUUGGGCCCCUAUUUUUUAAGAGAUUGCAGUUCAGUUGUCGCUUUCUCAAAGAUCAACGACAUAGGUACAGGAAAGUUGUGUAAUUGACAUAGGUACGCAUGCCCCACUUGUAGAUGCCGUGCACGCUUUACAGAUUUGAAUGCUAAAUGCAUAAUUUGAAUGCAGAUUGGGAAAGGGGUUUCCGGAGCUCAAACCAUUUCUUUUUCUUAUUGUUUAUCUUAACUUUUCCAUGUUAAUUUGUCAUCCUACCCAUCUUGAAUGACUCAAACAGGGUCAAGGCUACCUUUCUCAGACGGACAUGGUCUAGCUUUUGUAGGCAUGUUGGAUAGUUGUGGGAAAGGUCAAGCAGAUGAUUAUAAACCCGUGGUGAGUUUAGGGAGGAGAGGAUCAAGUGGUUGAGAUUUGAUAAUGGACUCAAAGUGCCGUUGAGAAACAA